AUGCUGAGUUCGCGGCCAAUGCAAUUCCCCAUGGACGGGGUCUCAAUUCCUGCAAGAACUCCAGGAAGAGCGUUGAAAGCUCGCUCUGAGAACGCGCACGCUAUGACUGUGAAUGGCAAGGGAAAGAAUGUGGCACCCAAAACUCCGUUUCACCCAGCUUCUGCUCAUCAGAAGAUUGUUUUAGCCACUACGGGACGUCCAUUGGGCGAUAAAACGCCAAUGCCCAACCGGAUUGGCGCCUUGCUCCUAAAAACACCUCUUCCAGGAGCCACAAAACCAUCGAAACUGAAAGGCGAGGAGAAUGGAUCUGGACAGCGCCCCAGCUCCAUGCGCAAGCACAUCAAACAACCGCGGAUGUCAGGCAAAGCACUCGAGACACCGAUCAACACUGGAAACCACUGGGACAUCAGCGAUGGCGAUAUUGUCUUAGAAGCGACAGCGCAACUGCAAGAAACUAUACCUGAGCAGGAGGACGACUUUGACGAUGUGGAAUAUGGACCUCCCAAUACUCUUGAUAUACCCUUCCAACCUAGCUACGACUUUGACCUUCCGGAUUACAAGCAAUUGGGGAAAACACUGUUCCAACUCGCUCACUCGGUUCCCUAUGAGGAUGUUAGUCCCCCAGAUGAGCCGAUAAUUCAACUCGAGUCAGCAAAUUGGAACAUGAUCCACCUUCCUGAACUCGAAUCCGAUGAUCCUUUUGUUCUGGCACGCCUUGAAUCAAAGCCAACAGUACCUGUAGUCCCUUCUUAUCUGCGUUCAAAGAGGCCACAAUCAUCUCUGGCUAGAAAAGCUCCUUCGUCAACCUCCUCCCUGGCUCCCAAAGCUGUUUCUAAAGUGCUCACGCGACCUCCAACGUCUGUUGCUGCGAGGCCCCGCGUUGCACCAACUUCCACAAGCAUGCGGCGCCCACAUACGUCGCAGGCCGUGACGUCAUCUGCGAGAGUUACCGCAAAGAACCCCCCUGUCCGCAUCGUCGAUGAUGUUCUGAUUAAGACCUCAGCAAUCGAACUUGACGAGGAAUUCGAUUUCAAAUUUCAGCUAUAA